AUGCUCUGGCUGCAGGUCUCCUGUCUCUGUGGCUCUGCUCCAUGCCUGCUCUGUGGCUGCUGCCCCUCGACCAAGAACUCCACCAUCUCCCGCCUCCUCUUCACUUUCUUCCUCUUCCUUGGCACCCUCGUGUCCAUCAUUAUGAUAAUCCCUGGGGUGGAGAAGGAGCUGCACAAGCUCCCUGGCUUCUGUGAGGGCAGCGGGUCGGUCCUGGGGGUCCAGGGCCAGCUGGACUGUGGCAGCUUCCUGGGCCACAAGGCCGUGUACCGCAUGGGCUUCUCCAUGGCCACCUUCUUCUGCCUCUUCGCCACCCUCAUGGUGUGUGUGCGCAGCAGCAGGGACCCGCGGGCCGCCCUGCAGAACGGCUUCUGGUUCUUCAAGUUCCUGGUGCUGGUGGGGAUCACGGUGGGGGCCUUCUACAUCCCGGAUGGUGCCUUCACCCCAGUCUGGUUUUACUUCGGUGUGGUGGGCUCCUUCCUCUUCAUCCUCAUCCAGCUGGUGCUCCUCAUCGACUUCGCCCACUCCUGGAGCCAGCAGUGGCUGCGCAGGGCGGGCGAGGGCAACGCCAAGGGCUGGUAUGCAGCCCUUUGCGUCGUCACCUUCCUCCUCUACGCCGCCUCCAUCGCGGCCCUAGCGCUGCUCUACGUCUACUACACCAAGCCCGAGGGCUGCACGGAGGGCAAGGUCCUCAUCAGCAUCAACCUCCUCCUCUGCCUCGCCGUCUCUGUCGUCUCCAUCCUGCCCAGG